CGGUGCUAGAUGAGCACAAAGCGCAGUUAAGCUAAGAAGAAGAAGAAACAGAAGAGGAAGAAGACGAGGAAGAAGAAGAAGGGGUUAACAUUCAGAGACUAUUACAAAGUGACUCUGAGUGUAUGUAGAGCCUCUGGAGAGCCAGGAUGCCCCUGGAGGUCAAAUGGCCGUUCCCACAAUGCCCUGCUCUGGCAUGGAGGGUCUCCAGCUCCUUUGUCAUGGGCAUGGUGGGCACAUAUUCUUACAUCUGGACCAAGUACAUGAAUUACCUAACGGUCCACAAUCAGGAGGUUCUGCUGGACCUGAUUGACCACAGGCCGUCGGACACGCCCCUCAUCACCUUGGCCAAUCACGAGUCCUGUAUGGAUGAUCCACACAUCUGGGGCAUCCUGAAGCUGAGGCAGCUGUGGAACUACAACAAGAUGCGGUGGACGCCGGCUGCGUCUGACAUCUGCUUCACCAGAGAGCUGCACUCCAGGUUCUUCAGCCGAGGAAAGUGUGUCCCAGUCUGCAGAGGCGAUGGUGUUUAUCAGAAGGGCAUGGACUUUAUUCUGGAGAAACUCAACAGAGGAGAGUGGGUUCACAUUUUCCCUGAAGGCAAAAUCAAUAUGACUGAGGAAUUUAUCCGCCUUAAAUGGGGUGUAGGUCGGCUAAUAGCGGAGUGCUCUCUCAAUCCAAUCAUCUUACCGCUUUGGCAUGUAGGCUUGACUGACGUCCUGCCAAAUAUGACGCCCUACAUUCCUCGGACCGGGAACAGAAUCACCGUCCUGGUGGGUAAACCUUUCAGCGUCAAAGAGCUGGUGGAUGUCCUCCGAGCUGAAAACAAGAGCCAGACUGAAAUGAGGAAGAUGUUGACCGAUUUCAUCCAGGUGGAGUUCAGGAACCUGAAAGCUCAGGCCGAGGUUCUUCACAGGCAGAUAGAGACCAGAUCCUGAGACUCGGGUUAACCCACAGCCACCAGAACCCGUGAAAACGGAAUGGCGAAACCUUCGACACAGACGGGGUUUGGACUCUGGUUUGGAUACCUAAACUUUUUGCUCUGGACCAGCUUCUUCACCCGCUGGACUUUGAGUUAAAUUCGAAUGGAACGACGGUGCUGAAUGAGCGUUUUCUGCUCUUUUGAUCAAACAGAAUCUCCAGCUGUUGUAUAAAAAAAAAGCAUGUUUUAAAGUGAUUUAGCAAAACGUUGCUAUGAUGCAGAUUGAAGACUGAUCAUUGCGAAUGUGCGUUGGAUGAAGACAGUUGUGAAUCAUUUGCCUGUUUUCAGCUCUAACUGCUGAGAUUUGUGGAGGAACAGCAAACCUUUAUGAACCAGUGCUUCCCGUUUUAAAUCUAAUCCGUGCCUCUGUUGGACCUCGUUUUGAAUUUGUCUGGAUUAUUUUUUUUCCUUUCGCACAUUUAAUUUUAAAUGAUUUCUGUCUUGAUUUAGCUAUGUCAGUAUUAGGAAGUGAUGAGAAGGUGUUGUUUAACUGCAGGUUUUAAAACUUUAAGGAAUCAAACAUGAUGAUGUCAGAAGAAUUAUUACAGUAGAUUAUAAAUUACAUCUAUCUUACUUAAUGCUGGGUGCUUUAUGUGUUGAUGUUUAUUGUAAGGAAACGUAUAAUGCAGGUAAAGAGCUGGUGGAUUUCAAACCUUUAUAAAGUGAGGUGGGAGCGUCCCGGUUCCCCGCCGUGCCAAAGCAUUAGAACCCAAACACUUAUUCCUGUCGAACGUGGUUUGUUCUUUAGAUUUUUCCUCGUUCCCAUUAAGGUUUUCUCUUCAGUUCUCCUCCUGCAGCUUUGGAAAGCCCCUAAAAAGAUUAAAACAUUGCAACACGAGCAACUUAACCGGGAAUAAAGUGCAGUGACUGAGUGAGAAAAGCCAUGCCUCAGUUCUCUGUAUUUACUUUUAAAUGGUUCUAACAGUUUCUACACGUCCUAAAUCAUGUUAUAUUACCUUUUUUU